AUGAGGAAUGUUAAGGAUAGUAAUGGAUUGGAUUGGAAUUCGAUAGAGAGGACUUUUAUGGAUGAGGUUAAUGAUAAAGGGUUGUUGGGUGAUCAGACUUUGAGAUUCAAGAAAUAUGAGGUCAAAUUAGCAGAUUGUGCAAUUUGUUCUUUUGCUAUUUCACGGGCCAUUAUUUCUUACACUUCUAGGUACUUGUUUGAUAACUAUACUUUGAUUGUUGGUGAGUCUUUGGAUUUGAAGCGUGUGCAUCGAAUGAUAUCUGAAUCAGCUGAGGAAUUUAGGAAGUUGGUGAGGGCUCCAGAGGAGGAUUUUGGGAGGGUUCUUCCCAGUGUUUUGAAAAGUGCGCUUAGGCAAGAAGUGAGGCCAAACGAAGGCCUCUCACCUUGA